CAGCCUAUGUACCGACCGGAAAUAGAAAUUGGAAAAAUUGCAGGAGGGAAGGAAACAAUAAAAUGUUCUUUAAAUUCAUCAGAGAAUCACUACAGGGACCAAGACAAUACAACAAAAAGACUAUAAAUGUGCCUGUGUUUUCAAAUCUGUUGGAGAAUUUAAGAUGCCAUAGCACUGAUGAGUAUCCUGUUAUCAGCUCAGAAGACGAGUCGCCAAUACCCCCGCUGGCCUGUAGUUUCAGUAAAGGUAAGAGAACUGGACAUAUAUUAGCUCUGGUAGACGAAUGUGGCAGUGUGGUUUUGUACAACACCAACUUAGCUGGUGAUCAGGCCUACAUCACAGAUUGGGUUGCACACAACAAUGCUGUGUUUGAUGUAGAAUGGAUGGCACAGGAGCAGAAGCUUCUGACAGCAUCAGGAGAUCAAACUAUAGGUCUAUGGGAUGUACCAAGCAAGAAAAAACUACUCACCUUCAAAGGACAUAGCAGUUCUGUAAGAUCUGUAAGAUACAGACCACAAGAUGAUGCUGUGUUUGCAUCUGGAAGCAGAGAUGGACAUGUUAGGCUGUGGGACACGAGAUGUAAUGUUACAGGUGAGAAGGUGAGCUGUGUAGGUGUGAUAAAAAAUGCCCACAGUAUAUCACAACAAGCUUCCAGUAGGAGGAAAAAGUCUCGGCUAGGUCCAGCACAGGAUUGCCAACAGUCUGUCACAAGUGUCUUGUUCCAAAAUGAUAAUCUGUUGACCACAUCGGGGGCUGUAGAUGGGUGUGUGAAGGUAUGGGAUAUAAGGAAGAUCAAAUCAGAUUGUGCAGCAGCUGUGUAUAAUUUUCCAUAUACAGGCAUUUCUAAACGAACACAUGGGUUUUCCAGUCUGACAUUUGACACAUAUUUUACAAAGUUGUUUGCUAACUGUACAGACGAUAUGAUCUACUGCUAUGAUUUCAUCUCGUAUAAACCAGAACCAGUAUGUACCUAUAAAGGACACAGAAAUACGUCGUUCUAUGUGAAAUCUGUACUGAGUCCAGACAAUGAGUUUUUACUGAGUGGAUCUACCGAUGAGCAUGCCUAUAUUUGGCAGGUAUCUAAGCCCAAUGCAAGUCCUGUUAUACUGAAAGGUCAUAGAAGUGAGAUAUCUGACGUGGCUUGGUGCAAGACUGAUCUAUUUAGGCUGGUGACAACAUCAGAUGAUAAUACAGUACGUGUGUGGAGAUACGAUUCUACUGCAGAAUUGAGGAAGAAAUUAGGAAGGACUGACAUCUCAUGCGGGAUCACUGGGUCAGCUGAAAGAACUCACAGAGAUAUUGGAACGUCAGUUGAUCCUGGACCCCAGACACCAAAGCGCUCUCCCAAGUCAGCCUUGAAAAGGUCAGCAACUCUUCCAUUUGGUCCAGUGAAAGCAGUGACACCAAAACAAUCUAAGACCAGCAUAUCUGCAUCUCCCUCGCCAUCCAUCAAAAUGUGGCUCAAGCGUAGUGCCAGUGCACCGAGUGCAGAUACUCUCAGGUCCAGCAUUAACCAAACAGUUUCUCCUACAGCUGAUAGCAAAGGACAGUCUAGCGGGGCAGAAAGAUGUGUAGGAAGUGAACAUUCCGCUGCUGGACCUAGUGCAUCCGAGGAAGCAUCUUGCAGUCCAGCUAAGAAACAAAAACUUGAAACUCUAGUCUCUGAAAGAGACAGUAGCAGAGACAAUAGACUUGCAGAAAACAAUAAAGCAGAAAGUGUGAAAGGAGACAUUCAGGAAAAUGAAAAACCCACUGUAAGAAAAUCUUGUAAGAGAAAAUUAGUUGAUGAUACUUCACCACAAAAAUGUAAGAAGCAAAGAGUGGGUAGUGAUAUGGACAGUGAGAAUUUUAAUGUGAUAACAGAAGACAAAGAAAAUAGUCCCAGUCCACAAAAGGAAAAGACUUUAUUUAAAGACUCAUACUCUGAAUUUAGUGAUAGUCCUGCCAAAAAACAAGUUGUAUUCACAGAUGCGAUCCAAUCUCCUGCCAGAAUUUCAUUGAAAGAACUAGAUAGCAAUAUUUAUCAGUCCCCGACGGCUAAUUUACCAAAUCUAGUUGUUGAUGGACCGCAAAGGAAAAAUCAGACAGGCAUGGACGAGGACAAAAAGAAAGGUGUUGAUUGGUUAACUCAGAUGAGGAUUCAGAAAAUGGCAAAACAGAGUCCACAGAAUAAGAAAUGUCGUGGGAAACUGUUGGAUAAAUUAUGUGAGAGUUCUAGCACUGAAUCUUCACAGGAGACUGAGAGAAGUCCAGUAUCAUCACCUAAAGUCAAGAGCCCUGUGCAUGGAGUACGCUCAAUAACAUCUUUCUUUGCUCGACCAGCUUUGAAAUCGUGAUAGAUAUGAACUACAGGACAGAUAUGACUGAAUGUCUAUACAGAUUAUUCCAUGAAGAGAAUACAUGUAGAACUCCAGUAAAAUGGCUUACUUAGAGCUUUUUCAACAAUGAUGCUAUUGAUGUUGGCUUUUUUGACUGGUAAAACUGAAUCUUGAGUGAAGUGAUUUGACACAUUUGUUCUGGAAAAGCUGUGACCUUUGCGAUGGGAUACUUAAGCAAAGUUCAUAUUUUUGUGUUAUUAACAUUUUCUUUUAUCCCCCGCCGAUGAAAUCGGGAGGGGGGUAUUGAAAUGGCGUUGUCCGUCCGUCACGUCCGUGCAUCCGUGCGUGCGUGUGUCCGUCCGCAGCCAUUUCUCAGUAACUAGCAGGUAGAAUUUCAUGAAACUUGAAAUAAACAUGAACCAACAUACUGCGAUGAUGCCCGUCAAGUUUUUUUUUGGAUUGGUCAAUUUCCCUCAGAGUUAUUGCCCUUGAUUUAAUGAAAAAUGCCCAAUAAUGUCCGUCCGCAGCCAUUUCUCAGUAACUAGCAGGUGGAAUUUCAUGAAACUUGAAAUAAAUAUGAACCAACAUACUGCAGUGAUGUUCAUCAUGUUUUUUUUGGAUUGGUCAAUUUCCCUUAGAGUUAUUGCUCUUUAUUUACUGAAAAAUCCACGUCUACAGCCAUUUCUCAGUAACAAGCUGGUAGAAUUUCAUGAAACUUAAAAUAAAUAUGAAUCAACAUACUUUGAUGAUGUAUGUCAUUUUUUUUUUUCAAUUUGUCAAUUUUCCUAAGAGUUAUUGCCCUUUAAUUAUUUGAAAAUCUACAGAUUUGUACAUAACAAACCAACCAAUUGGUAGAAUUUCAUAAAACUUCUUUCAUUCUUUUCCGUGAACAUUUAUUAUAAACAUGUGAAGUUGUGUACCCACACAUGGUCACCACCUUGCUUUCGUCACACCCCCUCCCCCGACCAACCUCCCCCCCCAAAAAAAAUUCUUUCCUUUUUAUUAUUAUUUUUUUCAGACUUUCAUGAAUAUUUAUCAACAUACAAAGUUGUACUGUUCCUCCACCUCACUCCUCCACCCAGUCAUCCCCCUCCCCCAUUUUUAUUUUUUUUUCAUUUUUAAUUUUCCAUCCAUAUUUUAAUAAUUAUAAUCAACAUCGAUGAUCAAUGACAAUAAUCGAUGUUUUGUACCCUCACCCAGUCACCCCCGCUGCCCCUCCUCCCCCAACCAAAAAAUAGCAUUCAUUUUCUGUUAAAUUGAUUUUGACAAAUGAAAUUAUUUGCUUCUUUUGCUUCUUGGUAACAUCCUUAACUUUUUGCCGGAUAUAUUUUUUUGCCAUUCCUGACCACAAACCCUUUCGGCGGGGGAUACCAAUUCAUCGAAUUUGCUUGUGAAAUUUUUUAUUUAGUGCUAGUUCUUACUUGAUUUAUGUCCUUAGAUCAUUCACAGGUACAUAUUGACUGUAGGUGGAAUAAUAUUCACUUUGAUUUUAAUUCUGCUUAUAUUCUCAGAUAGUACUGAUGGUGAUUCUUGAGGAGAAUAUUAUACAAUGUUAUUUCCAGAAAUAUAACUUGCUACAAGUCACAAAAUCUUAGCAGAACAAAUAAGGCUGCAGAUCAUUUAGUUGAAAAAGAGGCUUGAACAACAGUCAGUAGUACUUGAUACAUUAAUAUUGUCACCAUUUGCACAUAGUCACAGUAGUCUUCAGUGGUCAGAAUAUCAAAAGUGACUCUAGUUUUCACUAUUGACUGUAGUUGUAAAACUGAAAAUCUUUGUCUUUAAAUAGAUCGGGUUAUAUAUAACAAAUAGUUUGAUUUGGCUUUCUUUAGAAGAGGUUUGUAGUUGAAAUGAUGGUGUUUAUUGAAACGGUCAGGAUUGUUUUACAGAUAUUCUAGAAACAUUUUUGUUAUAAUAAGAUGUCCUGUUCUUUCUUGUUAUUAUGAUAUUAUGUUUAGAACAAAUUCAUUCGGAACUUUGUUGUAAAAUACAGAUUUUGAAGGUUUACUAACCUUGAUGUGGUUUAUAACUGGCAAAGCUGUGUUUAAUGUUAAUCUAACAUGAUCACUUUUAACUUGAACAUUGCAUUUGUGAAAUGCAUGUCAAUGACCGAAAUGACUAUGGACACUGUUGCAGCUGUAAGAUGAGCACUACAUCUCACAUGACACUUUGAUUUGAAAAUAAAUAGAAAAUUAUAUUAAUACCUUUCAACUUACUGUAUGUUGGAUAUUAAAACAAGACAAUGCAUCAUGUGCAGUCCUCAUUCAGACCCUACCUUAGAGGUCAUGGACACUUGUUUUAACCUUUGUACAUGGAUGUCUGUUGAGAAUAAGGUGGCAUAAAUGUUUAUUUUAAGAGUAGACACAACUUUUGCAACAAGUCACAUUUGUAGUUUCACAUUAUGGACACAUUCGUAGUUUCAAGUAUGGUUGAUAACUUACCCAGUGUUCAUUUAUUUCAGACUUCAGUUUUUAGCUCAUCUGAGCAUGAAGUGCUCAAAGGUGAGCUUUUGUGAUUGCCCUGUGUCCGUCGUCAACAAUUUGACUGUUAACACUCUAGAGGUCACAUUUUUGGCCCAAUCUUAAUGAAUCUUGGUCAGAAUGUUACCCUCAACAAAAUCUUUGAGGAGUUCGGUAUUGGGUCAUCUGGGGUCAAAAGCUACGUCAUCAUGUCAAAUCAAAGGAAAAGCUUGUUAACACUCUAGAGGUCACAUUUUUGGCCCAAUCUUAAUGAAACUUGGUCAGAAUGUUACCCUCAAUAAUAAAAUCUUGGACAAGUUCAAUAUUGGGUCAUCUAGGGUCAAAAACUAGGUCACCAGGUCAAAUCAAAGGAAAAGCUUGCUAACACUCUAGAGGUCACAUUUUUGGCCCAGUCUUAAUGAAACUUGGUCAGAAUGUUACCCUUUAUAAAAUCUUGGACGAGUUUGAUAUUGGGUCAUCUAGGGUCAAAAACUAGCUCACCAGGUCAAAUCAAAGGAAAAGCUUAUUAACACUCUAGAGGUCACAAUUUUGGUCCAAUCUUAAUGAAACUUGAUCAGAGUGUUAUCCUCAAUAAAGUCUUGGAUUAGUUCGAUAUUGGGUCAUCUGGGGUCAAAAACUAGGUCACCAGGUCAAAUCAAAGGAAAAGCUUGUUAAAACUGUAGAGGCCGCAUUUAUGACUGUUAUCUUCAUGAAACUUGGUCAGAAUGUUAAUGAUGAUCUUAAGGUCCAGUUUUAAUCUGGGUCAUGUCGGGUCAAAAACUAGGUCACCAGAUCAAAUCAAAGGAAAAGCUAGCUGUAGAGGUCACAUUUAUGACCAUAUCUUAAUGAAACUUGGUCAAAAUGUUAAUCUUGAUGAUCUAUAGCUCAAGUUCAAAUCUGGGUUUGGUGGGGUCAAAAACUAGGUCACCGGGUCAAAUCAAAGGAAAAGCUAGUUAACACUUUAGAGGCCACAAUUUUGACCAUAUCUUAAUGAAACUUGGUCAGAAUGUUAGUUUUCAUGAUCUUUAGGUCAGGUUUAAAUCUGGGUCAGGUGGGGUCAAAAACUGGGUCACCAGGUCAAAUCAAAGGAAAAGUUUGUUAACACUCUAGAGGCCACAUAAUGAUUGUAUCUUCCUGAAACUUAGUCAGAAUGUUAAACUUGAUGAUCUUUAGGUCAAGUUCGAAUCUGGGUCAUGAUGGGUCAAAAACUAGGUCAUGGGGUCAGAUCAAAGGAAUAGCUAGUUAACACUUUAGAGGCCACAUUUAUGACCAUAUCUUAAUGAAACUUGGUCAGAAUGUUUAUAUUGAUGAUCUUUAGGUCAGGUGAGCGAUACAGGGCCUUCAUGGCCCUCUUGUUAAAUGUUAUGGCAAAUGUCAAGCAAUUUAUUACUUGGCUUAUUAUAGCUAAAUACAUGUAUGUACAGUUUUUAUGCCCCGCCAUAAAAUGGGGGGAGGGGUGCAUAUAGUGUUACCCCUGUCCGUGUGUGUGUGUUCGGGAAAGGGUGAUGUUCGUGUCUGGGCCAUAACUUUGACAUGCAUGGUCCGAUUUUAGAAUAAUUUCACACAAAUGAUAAGCAUGGAUAGACAAAGUGUCUUGCACUAUAACCAGAUCCCUAGGUCUAAGGUCAAGGUUACAGUCCUUGGUUGAACUAAGCUAAUUUUCACUACAUAUAUACUGAUAAUGUGGUCUUCGUGUCCGGUCCAUAACUUUGACAUACAUGGUCCAAUUUCAAAAUAAUUUGACACAAAUAAGAAGCACGGGUAGACUAUGUGUCAUGUGCAAAAUCAGGUCCCUAGGUCUAAGGUCAAGUCAUACUUAGAGGCCAAAGGUGACAUACAAGAACAACUUUGUCCUCAGCAUUUCAUCUUCAUGCAUGGAGGGAUUUUGAUGCAAGUUGGCUCAAUUGUACACUAUCAUGAGAUAGAAUGUCAUGUGCAAGACCCAGGUCCCUAGUUUAGAAUUACUUCCCUUUGUUGUUACAAUAAAAAGCUUAUAUUGUAACUUUUUAUUACUGGUCUUAGGGAAAAUCAAGACCACUUUUCUGUAGUACAACAUGAAUGUUACAUACAAUUUUGAGAUGUUUUUUUGACCUAUCUCUACCUGGUAAGGAUUUUUGUGUAGACUUAGAAUUUUUUUUUUUUUAAGAUUAACUUCCCUUGGCCAAGGGUCCUUCUUUUUGUUUGUGAGCGACAUUUCUCAUGUUGCGGAGGCAUCCAUGUCUGUGACACAUUUCUAGUAUUAAUUACUAACAUAUGUCCAGAGAAUUAUAACAUCAUUUUGUGAAAGUAUUACAUACAUUUACACAUGAUAGUGUGGCAAAAAUUGUUGUUCUGUAAUAUUUUCAUAGAAUUUUUCAAGGUAUAGGAGUCAUUUGUUUAUUUGAAAACUAUUUCCCUACUUUCAAAAUCAUGUAUUGUAACCCAAUUGUGUUCAAAGAUUUUAGGUGCCUUAUCACCAAUGUGUUCGAUUAAUUUUUACUUACUGUUAAUUUUAUAUUCUGUAUAUUUUUAUACAGUAGACAAAUAAAUUGUCUUCAAUCAAAA